AUGUUCUCCCUGGAGUUAUACAACGUCAAAGCCCCCAAUAAGUCGCACAUUUUGAUUGAGGACGUGGGUUAUUGUUAAUAAUGGUAUAAUUAUCUAAAUUUUAGGUGUCUCCAAAUGAUAAUAUCAAAAGCAUCAAAGCGAAGUUGAGUUCCAAAAGUAGGUGAUGGAUAAUUCUAUAGCGUUUGCGGUUUAGAACACUUGAGUGUGGAGAGGAUUGCUCUGCGCCUGGGGCCAAAGGAGAAAACUCUGAAUGAUGAAGAAUUGGUGUCUAAUCUCAAGCUUUCUAAUGGCUCGGCUUUGUAUUACAGGGACUUGGGUCCUCAAAUUGGAUGGAAGACAGUUUUCUUGUUCGAAUAUGCCGGUCCUCUCUUUGUUUACCCCAUAUUUUACCUCCGACCUUCAUUUAUUUAUGGAAGUAUGUAGAAAUUUGGCGUUGUAUAUGUUUUAGAUCUUGUCUCAAAGCCGGUUCAUCAUGCUGUUACCUUGGCGUUGAUCUGUCAUUCCUUCCAUUAUAUAAAGAGAUUAUACGAGACCCAAUUUGUUCACAGGUUCAGUAACGGGACGAUGCCAUUUACUAAUUUGUUCAAGGUAUUUUGUUUUUCAUAACGAAGGAUCUCUUUUUCAGAACUGUUCUUACUACUGGGGAUUUGCUGCUUUCAUUUCAUACUUCAUCAACCAUCCGCUUUACACUCCACCAGUUCUCGGGGACCUGCAAUUAUAUGGAGGUGUCGCUGCAUUUGCUCUUUGUGAACUUGGCAAGUCGUAUAAUUUAUGAUUUUAUUAUUUUAGGUAACUUUUCAAUUCAUUUGUUAUUGAGAAACUUGAGACCUGAGGGCACUAAGGAAAGGAAAAUCCCUUAUCCCGAUUCCAAUCCGUUUACCAAUUUGUACAACCUUGUCAGUUGCCCUAAUUACACUUACGAGGUCGGAUCUUGGAUUGCCUUCUCUGUCUUCACACAGAGUCUUCCAGGUAAUUUUUAUGGUUUAAUAACAGUCGGGACAAAAAGUCCUGAUAAUUUUGCACCGUGCGGUUUUUCCGCUGUUUCUGUCGCACUCUGAAAAAAAUGUUUUGUCGCUGCGAAAAAUUGGGACCUUUUUUCGCGGUUUUCGCAGCGACGACCCAAAACGUUCAAAUCCGCACGGUGCAAAAUUAUCAGGGUUUUUUAUCACGGCUCCGGAGCCGUGGCGAUCUCUGACUGUAUCUUCUUUUUUUUGGGCCAAAUCUUAAGAUUCUCUUUUUUUUUUAUUGUUAACUUUUACUGUAAAUAGGGAUAACAUAUUUGUUAUCAAACACAACGGGAAAUUCUGAGGAUUCAGGGAAAAAAAGAAUCUUAACAUUUGGCACAAAAAACAAAGAAGUUGCUAUAGUCAAUUCAAAUCGGCCACAAAAAUGCCCCGCCCUGUACGUAAAUUUUUUAGCCCUUCUCUUCACAACUGCUGGAUUUAUUCAAAUGAAAAUCUGGGCCGAUGGGAAGCAUCGUAAUUACAAGAAAGAAUUCCCUAACUAUCCCAAGAAUAGAAAGCCGAUCAUUCCCUUCCUGUGUUAA